AUGGCACAAACUUUAUCCUCAAAUUUGGGUCUUAAUUACCAAGCCAUAAUUUCCAAGACAUCAUUGAAACCAACUCAUUUCUCUUCCUUACAAAAGUUGAAACCCCUCAUCGCCAUGACAGGCGACGCAAGAGAAAAACUCGACCAUACCUCAAGGUCAAACCACCAGCCUCAACCCAAAAAGAGACUUGUUCCUUCGAUACCUAUAUGGGAUAAUCGAUUUCCUACCGCGAGAACAGUACAAGAGAUGAUGCAAACAAUGGAAAGAAUGAUGGAAGAUCCAUUUGCAAUGAGCACAAUUGAGUGGCCUUCGUCACCUCUACCGAGUGAAGGAGUGGGUGGAUAUAGAAGGAGGGGAAGAGCACCGUGGGAGAUUAAAGAAGGAGAAGGCGAAUACAAGCUGAGAUUUGAUAUGCCUGGUAUGAACAACGGGGACGUGAAAGUGUGGGUGGAAGAGAAGAUGCUAGUGGUUAAAGCUGAAAAAGCAUCGAAGAAGAAGAGCGAAGAAGAUGAAGAAUGGUCUUCAAAAAACUAUGGUAGAUAUAGUAGUAGAAUUGCUUUGCCGGAAAAUGUGAAGUUUGAGAAUAUUAAGGCUGAGGUUAAGAAUGGUGUUCUUUACAUAACCAUUCCUAAGGUUAUUAUUAGCUAUUCCAAAGUUAUGGAUAUCACUCUUCAAUGA